AUGCCUAAAGUCUUCCUGGUGAAGCGGAGGAACCCGGGGAUCAUGCACCGCAGCUGGACUGAACUCCCCGAUGAGGAAAGGGCAGACACCUACAUCCCAGUGGCCCUAGGCUGCCUGCUCCAGGAGCCCCCGGAGGACUGCCGCAGUGACAGCGGGGAUAGCAGCAUCGCCGCGGAGCCGGCAGGUUCCCUGAGCAGCUCGUCCCCGGGAGCCCCCGAGAGCAAAGCCCGCGAGCCGGGCAAUGCCCAAGGCCCUGAUGGACAUCUGGCGGCGAAGCAGGGCCCGGUUGCCCGGUCGAAAAUCAAGUAUACAACAGGCUUAUGCGAUGACUCGGUGGUUCACAGCUGUGACCUUUGUGGAAAGUGCUUUCGCCUUCAACGCAUGCUCAACCGGCACCUCAAGUGCCACAACCAGGUGAAACGGCACCUGUGCACCUUCUGUGGCAAGGGCUUCAACGACACCUUUGACCUGAAGAGACACAUCCGCACGCACACAGGCAUCCGCCCCUACAAAUGUGACAUUUGCAACAAAGCCUUUACUCAGCGCUGCUCCCUCGAGUCCCACCUGAAGAAGAUCCACGGGGUGCAGCAGCAAUAUGCCUACAAGCAGCGCCGGGACAAGCUUUACGUCUGCGAAGACUGUGGUUACACAAGUCCCACCCAAGAGGACCUCUACCUGCAUGUGAACAGUGCCCAUCCGGGCAGCAUACUUCUCAAAAAGACAUCCAAAAAAUUGGCAGCUAUUUUGCAGAACAAACUGACAUCCACAUUGCAGAGGGACGCCGACCUGAAAGAGGAGGAGAAGUAAGGGAAGGGGAGUUUUGUCAACACUGCCUAGUUUACACGGUGUUUCAGUUUUGCGGGACUCCCACUUCUCUGCAUCUUUUCAUUUUCUCUCUGUGUCUUUUGGGACCUCACUGGGGCACCCACUCUGGGACUAUCAGUUACAAUAGUGACAUCAAGCUCCUGGUGAGCACCGCUGCAUUUGGCUUCCCACUGGUGAGUGCAUGGACAUUUAUUUUCCACACGCUGACAGCCACGGUCACCAUGCAGGCAUGGAAGCAGAGGUGUUCUGAAGGGACGCCAUCAUUUUAUGGUGUCUUGAAAUAAAAGUAUUUCCACUUGAAAUGCUACUCAA